UUUCUCACAAAAAUAUAUCAAGUAUCAAACGUCACUCCAACGCAACUCCCAGAUCUGUUCUAACAGUCAGUGACUUUCAGCUUUAUUUAAACCUUAAUCUGUAAUGUAACCUGUAAUCUGAUGUGUUCAGGUUUAAACUCAGGUUCAGUUAUUGAGUGAAAAUACCAACAGACUCAGACAUUUAGAACAAACUAAGAGUCAGAUCAGCAGAAACAGAGAACACGGACAUGUCUGCUGUAACUGCGUCACUCUGCUCCACGCUGAUGUUUGUCCUGUUCGUCACUUUUCAUAUUGAUUCAGUUUUUCUGUUUAUGAUGAUGAAACAAGAAUCAAACUGCCGUCAGAAACAAAACUUCUGCUUCAGCGACUGAAACACAAACUGUUCAUUCAUGACGUCACAUGAGAGCUUCUGAUUUUGUUCUGUGGAGAUCGUUCAACAACUGAACACUAAAACAUUUUCACUUCGCCUCGUUUGUUGUGACGCACUUAUUUCUGUGCAUCCUCAGUCCAACCUACCAAACGUCACUCUAACGCGACGUCCUCAAAGACACGGAAGAAUUUGAACCGCAGCUUUAACUUUAUUUAAACCUUAAAUUUAAUCUGAUGUGUUCAGGUUUAAACUCAGGUUCAGUUACUGAGUGAAAAUACCAACAGACUCAGACAUUUAGAACAAACUAAGAGUCAGAUCAGCAGAAACAGAGAACACGGACAUGUCUGCUGUAACUGCGUCACUCUGCUCCACGCUGAUGUUUGUCCUGUUCGUCUCUGCAGACCAGAAAAACAUCACAGCUGAGUCUGGACAGGACGUCACUCUGACAUGUCGAGCUCCAAACAACAACAUCAGAGUUGUAGAGUGGAACAGAGCUGACCUGACAGAUAAAUAUAUGUUUGUUUACCGGAAUGGUCAACCUCUUGAUGACCAGCAUCCAUCUUUUAAGAACCGGGUGGAUCUGCAGGACAGACAGAUGAAGGAUGGAGACGUGUCUUUGAUUCUGAAGGAUGUGAUGAUUAAUGACACUGGAACAUACAAGUGUGGUGUCGUCCAGACAGGAACAGAGCAUUUGAAUAUCACCUGUAUUAUCAACCUGACAGUUGAUCCUCCAGGUCAGACAGGAGGACAAGAGAAGGAUGAAGACAACAAAGAUGGAGGGAAGAAAAAUGGAGUAAAGAAGGAGGAUUUACCUGUUGUAUUGAUGUGCUUCUUGUUGCUGCUGUUGUUGUUUUCUUGAGCUACAGAAAAUAUACAAAAGGCUCAGUAUUCUGUUGGACAUCAGCCUGUUUCAGGCGUCUCAGGGCUUCGUACAGAUAACUGUGAGACUCCUGCUGCUAUUUCAAACCGUUAGUGUUGACUUUCAGAAUGUGGAAAAAAAGCGAGAUUCAGCUUUAGUGUUCAAAUAUGUCCUGACUUUAGUUUCAGGUAACACUUUGUAAUAACCAUUAUUAAUAAAUGAUGAAUUGCUAUUUAA